GUUUCGCGGAUCAGAUUUCGGGAUGAGUUACACGAACUGUUUGCUACCGGCCAUUUGGACGGUCGACUUGCGGGAUUUCCCCCCGGAGUUGAUAAUGAUCUUCAAGAGCGUUUCCUAUUGCAGGUUGAUAUCAACAAGAGGCUGUCGCUGCCGGCUGACCUACGGCUGCCCGAUUCUUUCAUCAGCAAGGAGAGCCUUAGCCCCGUGUUGGACGGACCGCUGACGAGAGCCACGCGACGUCAAUCGCUGUCUGAAAUCGGAUUUGGUCGCAUGGAAACCUACACGAAGCUCGAUAAGCUGGGAGAAGGAACGUAUGCGACAGUGUUCAAAGGAAAAUCGAGAUUGACGGAUGACCUGGUUGCUUUGAAAGAGAUCAGACUCGAGCACGAGGAAGGUGCGCCGUGCACAGCGAUCCGCGAGGUUUCCCUGCUGAAAGAUUUGAAGCACGCCAACAUAGUCACUCUACAUGACAUAGUUCACACGGAUCAAAUAUUGACGUUAGUUUUUGAAUACCUGGAGAAAGACCUGAAGCAAUACAUGGAUGACUGCGGUAACAUACUGAGUAUGAAUAACGUAAAGAUAUUCCUUUUCCAACUUUUGCGAGGCCUGGAGUAUUGCCAUAGGCGGAGGGUGCUUCAUCGUGAUUUGAAACCUCAGAAUCUUCUGUUGAACGAGCGGGGAGAACUCAAGGUGCUGGCGGAUUUCGGGCUCGCACGAGCGAAGUCUGUGCCGACGAAAACCUAUUCGAACGAAGUAGUCACGCUGUGGUACAGGCCACCUGAUGUUCUGCUUGGCUCAACGGAGUACUCAACGCCGAUUGACAUGUGGGGUGUUGGUUGCAUCUUCUUUGAAAUGGGUGCUGGACGCCCGCUGUUCCCUGGAUCGACGAUCGAGGAUGAGCUGUCAUUGAUAUUCAAGACGCUUGGCACCCCAUCGGAAGAUACAUGGCCAGGGAUCUCGACGAACUCAGACUUCUUGGCGUACGACUUCUCGAGUCACAAGCCGGAGCUCUUGAUCGACCGCGCGCCGAGGUUGGACGGAGAUGCGCUCGAUUUGUUGAAUAAAUUUCUCGUGUAUGAAGCGAAGAAAAGGAUCUCAGCCGCCAGUGCCAUGAAGCAUCCAUACUUCCGAUCAUUGGGGCCCAACAUUCACAAGUUACCCGACACGACGUCGAUAUUCACGCUGCCAAACAUACAGCUCAGCAAAGAUCCUGGCCUCGCCGCUGGUCGCAACCGAAGGCAAUCCAUGCUUUUAUGACAACAGAAGAGGGAGGCCUUACCGAGCCUCUUUGAACUUCCAGAGCGUCUCCUGCUAGACCGGAAGAUCUAAUCGUCAAAUCAUCUCCAGGAAUCCUGCGUCUCCGUCUGAGCCGUCCGAGGUGUUGAGUGAGGGAAGAGAUUGAAUUCUGAUCCUGGAAUUCCCCCGCUGUACCACCUUUUUUUCUUUUUAUAUCACGAAGUUUUUGUCGAAGUGACCUAUACUGUACUUUCAGACUAAUCGGUCAUUUUAAUUUUGAUUUUGUUCCGAAAACUGAAAAGUUAAUUCUGGAAAUCAUUUGACGUUCUGACGACGUUCAAUUCCGUUUUUGCGCUGCAUUUCGAAGAAAGUCCGAGAGAUUUGUGAAGUUAAGCGUCUAGGAAGGCCGCGUGAUGAUGCUUUCAGUCGUAAUCGAUUCUUGUUUAAUGCUUUUAUUUGAAGGUGCUGCUCUUUUUCUUUCUUUCUUUGUAUCCUUCGGGCGUGCGCCAAUUUCUCCCUCGCUGUGCAUUGUUUCGGUUGGAUCAAACGCUUGGUGUGUGCGAUUUCUCCGAUUUGGAAAUGUGGGCACCAGCGGUUGUCAAAUGCUUUCAUUGCGUGUUUGGAUCGCAUUUUGAUUCCCGAUCCUGGAAACGGUUGUCGACAAAUUUUGUUGUUUUUUCGUUGUGUACGAUUUAUUGAGCUUCUCCAGACGAUAUUUUGAAGCGGAUGUCAUGGUUGCUGUUGUCUUCAUUGUUCCCUUUCACGACAAACGCUCUUCGUAGCGUGGCACAUGAUCCCCAUUUUUCUCGGCGCGUGUCUUACAUUCCAUGCCCAUGAUGAAGCGUUUCGAAAAGUUUUUUGCGGGUUUAAGGAAGAUCAGGAAUCGCACUGGAAUUUCGUCUAGGAAGGUAUCUUAGACUUUGAGUGUCGAACAUCUACGAGCAAUUAUUUCGUACCUUCACUUCAGAGAGUGUAUUCUAUUUGUUGUACCGGUAGUUUCUGAGGAAGAGAAAAGUGUUUAUUCUUCUCGAAAGCAUCCCAGUAAAAAUUUCGUGUGGACGGUCGUUGUUGCGGAAGUCAGAAUGGAGUUCAUGGAUGUGCUCCCUGGAUCGUGUGUAACCUAGUCUCUUGGUCGAACCAGCGCAAGAAUCUUCUUGAUUUUUUUUCUGACGAUUUUGCGAGUGGAUCGCAGAGCUGGUUUUGAGGAAAGAGUUGAUUUUCUGCUUGGAGUCGUUCGGAAAUGAUUGAUUUGUGACAUUUUGGUCGCAGGGAUGGUUCGCGCGCCUUGACGUCGGCUUAUGAUCGGCAUUGUCUGCAUGUUCCUUUGCCGUGGGCGCGCUAUGUUCUGUUAACCUCCAAAAUGUGUAUAAAGUAUGAAAGGAAGUCGUCGUA